UACACUAAUCACUGGUGGCUGAAAGUUAAAUGGUAGUAGGUAGAAGGGUAACCGUAAUAGUAUAUGUUUAGUGCAACAAAUUCUCAGUCGACGAAAAGUAAAAGACGACUACAACCUUCGCCGGCGCCGGAAUUUAGAUUGAACUGAGAACAUAACGGCCGCAAGUGAGGAAGAUGGUGAAGGCAAUCAUAGCACCGUCGAUGCUGUCAUCGGACUUUGCUAAUUUGGCCUCUGAAGCAGAGCGCAUGCUCAAUUGUGGUGCGGAUUGGCUCCAUAUGGACAUCAUGGACGGUCACUUUGUCCCAAACCUUACCCUCGGUGCUCCAAUUAUCGAGAGUCUGAGAAAGCAUACAAAGGCAUAUCUGGACUGCCACCUAAUGGUCACCAACCCCCUUGAUUAUGUGGAACCGCUUGGCAAAGCUGGUGCCUCAGGCUUUACGUUCCAUAUUGAGGCAUCUAGAGAUAAUUGGCAAGAGCUUGUUCAACGGAUAAAGUCUAAGGGCAUGAAACCUGGGGUUUCUUUGAAGCCUGGUACACCAAUUGAAGAAGUGUACCCACUGCUUGAUGGUGAAAACGCUAUCGAACUGGUCCUUGUUAUGACUGUUGAGCCUGGUUUUGGUGGACAAAAGUUUAUGCCAGAGAUGAUGGAUAAGGUACACACUCUCAGAAAAAAGUAUCCAUCACUUGAUAUAGAGGUGGAUGGUGGUCUAGGACCUUCAACCAUUGAGGCAGCAACAUCAGCUGGAGCAAACUGCAUAGUUGCAGGAAGUUCAGUAUUUGGAGCUCCAGAUCCAGCACAAGUCAUAACUUUGCUGCGAGGCAGUGUGGAGGAAGCUCAGAAAAGGAGUUGAUUCCAGAAGAGGCAAGAUCUCGUGUUGUAUUUUAACAACUAUUACCUUAUUUAUAAUUUCCGCGGAAUCAAUAUCUCCAGAUGCCUGCACUUGUUGAGUUAUCCAAGUUCUAUUUGUUGAAUAAGGUUAAAACAUGUAUUUAUCAUAUCAUCUUGAAACUUCAACACAUAUUGAGUUAUCUAAGUUGUAUUUUUGAAUAAUGUGAAAUAUCUGGUGCUGGAUUUAGUUGAAGUCCAUGAGACUGGAUGUCACGUUUCCAAAAUUUAAACUAAGAAAUGUUGCUGUUAUGUUUUA